ACAUUUGUGAUGAACGUAUUCACUGAAGCACUUAUGCAUGAUCAAAGCAAAGUUUCAAAACCAAAAAUAACCAAGGGCUUCUUGACAUCUGCUGAAGUUGAUCACAUGAAAAUAAAUGGUCUUGACAUUGAACUGCUUAAGAAGAAGCUCCAUCAUUCCACCAUCAAAUUCAGUUUGAAUAAAGUUGAUAUGGUUAUGAUUCCUGUUCUACAUGGUGGCCAUUGGUGGCUUCAAGUGGUAAACAUGAGAGACACUCGUUUUGAUGUGUUAAGCUCCACCAAAUUAACUGAUGAGAUGAAAGAAGUUACUAGCGCUGUGAGUAAUCUGAUUUAG